GCCGCGCCACUGUUCGGACAUGUACCGGAUGUCCUGGUUGUGGCCCCUGUCCGAGUUGGCAGGAUCAACCUAAGCGUCGACCGCAGUAAGGUAUAAUAGGCGGUAUGGCAACUCGCAUCCACAUCAUUCACCUCAAGCCCCACGACGAGCAAGCUCUUAUUAUCAGCGUACUUUGUCGCCAUCACCGCGGUGUCUGGAUACGCCAUCGGGGUGUGGCCCUCGCACAGCCAGGCUUCAAGGGCCAGACGUGGAUCAAAACAGAAAAGUGCUUCGAGCAGCCCGGGUUCAAGUACUACUCGUUCAUCUCGCCCACGCUCAACGACAUCAACUGCGUGCUCAACACCGUCUUUCUGGCGGGCAACUCGGCAGGCGACGGCGAGCAGAUUCUCCUUGGCGUCUUUGGUGGGCUCAUUGUCGCGCAGUGCGUGCAGAUUCUGUACGAGUCGUUCCGCCCACGCCGUGGCGCCGCCGCAUUCGGCGCAAAGCUUGCCUCGGUCUUCACCCUCAUCGGCCAGCUCACUACCAUUGCCGUCUCUGCGCCCAUUUACUUUACCAUCGUGGUGCUUGGUCCCAAGCCUCGUGGCCAGUGGCGCCCCAAGUCAGAGUAUAUCUACACGACGCUCAUCGCCUUCUUCAUUGGUGGCCUCCUCCCGUCGCUCUGGAUGCAGGAGAGCGGCAUGAGCUUUGACGCCCUCAGCUUCUGGCAGCCGUUCCCGCUCUACGUCAACAUCCUCAGCGUCGUCCUGCCCGUGCUCUUCGUUCCCAUCUUCGCCAAUUCAAGCCCCAUGGCCCCGAUCCUCAUCCUCACCGCCCUCGUGCUCUACCCCUCGCUCAAGGGUCACCUUCGGCUCCUCCAGAGCAGCAUCCCCCUCCGCGACGUCCUCCUCUACUACCUCCCCGAGGACUGGCCGGCGGGCGCGCCUGACAACCUGGGCUUUAUUGCCCACCUCGUCUUCAGCGCCGACUUUACCUUCACACUGAUUUCAAACUACUCGUGGCUGCUGUGCAACCUGCGUCCGAAGAGCAUCGGAGCCGCGCUAGGCUACAUUGUAGUCCUCGCCCUCCUUACGGUCGCGGCCGGGCCUGGUUCCGCCUCGGCGCUUGUCUUUGCGUGGAAUGAACUCCUCGGCCCCAACUCUGGCAACGUCCCGCUCAACAUUUAA